CUUCUCCCGGCCCUCAUUGGUUGGCUCCCAUCUGCAGCGGGGCUGCAUUCAUGUCAAUAGGCCUUCUCCACCCCUAGGAGAAGAAUAAGAAGCCAGUGUCUGGCAGCUCUCAGCCACAGGAAGAACAGUGACAGAAAACCUCAGGCAGCCGCAGGAAGGAGGAUCUGAGCUUCACCAUGUCGGAUCUGGAGAAAGCCAUGGUGGCUAUCAUCGAGACAUUCCACCAGUACUCUGGGAAGGAGGGUGACAAACACAAGCUGAAGAAGUCGGAGCUGAAGGAGCUUAUCAACAAUGAACUCUCCCACUUCUUAGGGGAGAUCAAGGAGCAGGAGACAGUGGACAAAGUCAUGGAGACCCUGGAUGCUGAUGGAGACUCUGAAUGCGACUUCCAGGAAUUUGUGGCCUUCAUCGCCGUGAUCACCUCCGCGUGCCAUGAAUUUUUUGAACACGAGUGAAACCCCCAAGAAGUUCCAUUUGUAACAAGGUCGAGCAAAGACCCAGUUGGAAUCUUAAGCAAAGCAGCAAAGCAGAGCUUGGGGUCUGGUAGGACCCCAGCUGGCCAGCCCCCUAGGUAGCUUACUUAGUAGGAAGUUUGAUGCGCUUUAUGAUAGAAACAGGAGAGUUUGUGCCAGGACCAUCUCCAAGUGCCUCCUUCACUCUCCUCAGCCUUUCUUUCUGUCCCUGCCCGCAGAGAACCUAGGUCCCUCCUGCUGUCCCAUCAGUUGGCCAUACCUAAUGGCCAACUACAACCUGCAGAAAAGGUCUCACUUCCUUUUGUGAGUGCUAAGCAAAGGCAAGAUGUCUGAUUGAGCCAAGAUGGUUGAGCCUACCAUGGGGCAUGGGGGCACGGACAGCGCCAACACCAGCGGAGGGUCCCUGAGGCUUCCCUAGCUCCUUCUAGGCCUCCAUAUUUAGGGCCAAAUGGUUUCUCUGUCCUCAAAUUUGCUUUCGAUAGCCAGAAAGGGAAACCAAAGUAAUUAGAUAAUAUCAUCACACAACUCUGCAAACCAGGACAAGGAUGGGAAUAUUUCGGAUCUCCACUCCUAUGGGAAUGGGAGCCCCUGGAAGGCCAGCUUUGUAACUUCAGCCCAGAGGACAGUGCCUUGUACACAGAAAGUGCUUAAUCAAUGCUUGUUGGAUGUUGAAUGACCAUGGCUAUGUAGCAGUGGAUUUUCCCAUAAUAAGUCACGAGUAAUCAACUGAGUAAUACAAAAUAGAACUAAUAGAACCAAAGCAGAUUGAAUAUAAUUAUACCUUAUAAGCUCCCAAAGUUCUGGAAGCCUUAACUUUAAUCUGUCAAAGCUGUAAAAGAAUUCCCAAUCCUAUAUUCAUUCACUAAUUCACUCACUCAUUCAACAACCAUUUCUUUUGGGUGAGUCACUUGACUCAGGCUAUUUCUUUUGGGAUUUCAGUAUUUUUUUUUUGGUGGUGAGAACAGCUGUGAUGAGGGAGGGAGGUGGGCAGCAUAUUACUACAUUGGAAAGUGCCUGGAUCAGGGAUCAGAAGACCCAAGUUCUGCUCCAUUUGCUGUGUGACCUUGGGCAAGUCUCUUUCCUGGGCUGUAGAAUGAAGGGGUUGGCCUCAGUGACCUCUUUUGUCCUUCUAGUUCUAACCUUCUGUAAACAUCUGGUCUUGCUCUUGAAAAAAAGCAAAAACAAACAAUUCCCCAAAACAAACAAGAAAGAAAUCCCAACUUGCCUACAAUCUACUGAAGAGGGUCUUCACUCUUCAUCCAAGCCUGAAUAUCAGCUACCCAGAUUAGACAAUGGAGAAUGCACCCCCUUGGCAUCAUUUUGGAGCAGAUGACCCCCGCUGGCAAUAGGCAUGUUAAUAAGUUUCCCAAUGACUCUUUGUGCUUUGGUAGUCUGCUGUCUGGCAGAUGGUUGGGCUUCCAUUGGUCUUCAGAGGUUAGGUCUGGGUCCCAAUUCUGGGAUCUGCUCCUUCAGUUUUAUGGAAUUGUCCUUUGUGGUCUUUGUUAUGUGGUUGAAUAAGUUGAAGCAAGUUGAGAGAUGCCCCUCCUGUGGUCCCCCCUCAGUGGCAAACUUGAGUGAGGGAUGUGUGGCCAUGCACACCUGGCAGUGGUUUGUCUCUAUCCAGCCUAGAUGGUGGUCAUGUGCCCACAGCCAAAUGUCAGAUGCCUCAUUUGGCGUCAUCAAACCCUGGAUUCCAAGUGAGGCCAUUUCGCAAAGUCACAGAUGCAAGGAAGGAUUGAUUGGGAAAUGGAAAUGGUGUGUUCUCAGCUUUGUCAUGUUUUGUAUUGGGGGCAGGCCUUGGAAAGUCAUGGGUGGGUUGACAAGGGACUCUGUACUCUCAUCAAAUAAACACUGCAUUCCUCCAGUG